UGUCCUGGAACUACACAACUACGUAGAUUACCGAUGAAUGGAUCCAUGUACCUACGUAGGUGCCACAAGCGAGCCGUACGAGACAAGCCCAUUACGUAGUUUCAGCCUCAGGCUGAUGUGACCGCAUACCCCUACGUAGCUUUGGCUGUUUUCCGAGAAUAAAAAGCCACACUUCUGCCCAACUUUGGGAGGGAUAUCUGACUAGACAGAGAGCACACUAAAGUAUUUGACAUUCAGCCCUACGAAACCUGCCUCCACUUGAUCCUAUCAGAAACACCGACAUCAAGUUCGCGCAAAGCAAAGAAAUUAAAUUCCACCAGUCAAAAUGGGUAUCGCAUCAGGAAUUGGCCAUUUCUUCCAAUCGAUCAUCGAGGUGAUCCAGGGAAUCUUCCAGACAAUCAUCAACGUCUUCACCGGAGUUUUCCAGGCCAUCUUCAACGUCUUCGCGCUGGCCUUACACACCGUCGCUGAUGCCGGCAAGGGUGCAGUGCACUUCAUUGAAGGCACACUUGGAUUCGCCAUUCACAACUUCUUCCUCCUUGGCACAGUUGCCGCCGCUGUUUUUGGUUACCUCCUCUAUCAGCAGCGCCAGCAGGGCUCCACCAGAGCCGGCAAGACCCUGAAGAGUAACUGAGCAACUUAGUGUGUUCAUAAUGAACCUUGUAAAAUAUAAAGAGGAUUCUGGAAUUGACAGGAUGCAAUAUUUGAACAUGAUACCCUACGACGAUGAGGCAUUGAAGGAAUUUUGUUUUGGUGGUUGUUUCAUGAUCAGAAUACGUUAUAGUUUAUAAAUCAAACAACAAUGAAAGUACUGA